CCCGCCGCCGCCGCCUCCGCCGCCUCAGGCGGGCAGGCAGGUCGUAACCUGAAGGAGUGGCUGCGGGAGCAGUUCUGCGACCACCCCAUCGAGCACUGCCAGGACACCCGGCUGCACGACGCGGCCUACGUGGGGGACCUGCCCACCCUCCAGAGCUUGCUGCAAGAGGAGAGCUUCCAAAGCCGGAUCAACGAGAAGUCGGUGUGGUGCUGCGGCUGGCUGCCCUGCACGCCGCUGCGCAUCGCGGCCACCGCCGGCCACGGGCCCUGCGUGGACUUCCUCCUGCGCAAAGGGGCCGAGAUCGACCUGGUGGACGUGAAGGGGCAGACCGCCCUCUACGUAGCCGUGGUCAACGGGCACCUGGAGUGUGCCAAGAUCCUCCUGGAAGCUGGAGCUGACCCCAACGGCAGCCGGCACCACCGCAGCACCCCUGUGUACCACGCGGCACGCGUGGGCCGGGCGGACAUCCUCCAGGAACUGAUCAGGUACGGCGCCGACGUGGACGUCAAUCACCACCUCACUCCCCGGGUCCCCACCCUCUCGCUGCGGCCCCUCACCACGCUGGUGGUCUGCCCGUUGUACAUCAGCGCGGCCUACCACAACCUCCAGUGCUUCCGCCUGCUGCUCCAGGCAGGAGCCAACCCAGAUUUUAACUGCUGUGGGCCCAUCAACCUCCAAGGCUUCUCCCGGGGCUCCCCGGUGUGCGUGAUGGACGCUGUCCUGCGGCACGGCUGCGAAGCGGCGUUCGUCCACCUCUUGAUUGACUUUGGAGCCAACCUGAACCUGGUGAAAAUGGAAGCCUUGGGAGUUGAAUCCAUGGGAAGGGUCAAAGUCAACCCCGAGGCUCUGGAGGUGUUCAAAGAAGCAAGGGGCCGCACCCGGAGCCUCCUGUCCCUCUGCCGCAUCGCCGUACGAAGGAUACUUGGCAAAGCUCGUCUGGAUCUCAUCCAUAUCCUUCCAAUCCCAGACCCCAUUAAACAAUUUUUACUUCAUGAACACAGUUAAAAGGGCAACCGGCUGCUUUCCAAGGACGGUUUGAUUUGGUAAAUGAGUGCGUUGAUAAAAGCCAAGCCUAACCCUGCCCCCGCAGUGAAAUACUGUGUUGCCCAUGGAGUGCACAUAAUUCCCUGCCCUCCAAAUUUUCCCCCUCCAAAUUUAGGGUGCAGUGGUUUUGUGUGUCUGCUCCUAAGCUACCGGUUCUCUAACUGGUGAAUCUCGGUUGGGCAACGAGGCCAAUAAGUGUGUGUGUGGCUGUUAACGUGAGCAAAUACAAUAUAUCCUCUAGCUGUUAGCAUAUGUCUGUUUGUUAUGACUCUACCUCUUUUAUUGCUCUGUGUGACACGCACCUUGGGUCUCAGUGGCACUUCUGCCUGGGGAAAGUGUCCUGACUUCAGCCUUUUCUCUUCCUAUAGUGUACAAGGGAGUCUCUCCUCGCCUUGGUAAGGGGUUUUACAACAACACUGUCCUCUUUCUGCCCUCAGUACCUGGCCUUUCUCUUCCCUGUGGAGCUUGUGACUGCUGCUGUAAAAGUGGGUGUAGUUUCUUCUGUCCUCUUCUGGUGUGAAACGCAUCGUUUCCUGUCCAGCACUGUUACUGUGUGUUACUGUAACUGUGUGUUACUUGGAAAAUUGAUGGUAUCCACAUCUUUCCGUGCUGCGAGGUGGCUGCUGACUUGGCUUUCUUCUUCGUGUAGAGGCCCCAUCAUGCAGAUGGGGGGAAGUGGCAGAAUGUGUCCUGUCCAAAUCCUUUGUACAGAGCACCGGGUCUGGCUUGGCUCUCCCCCCCCAGCACUGUGAUGGACAAGGCAAGGGCUGGUUGGUUCCUCAUCCUGAUGGCCUGGGACUGGCUCUGGUGACUGGCACGAGUGAGAAAACGUGGAGAGAAGAGGAAAAGGGAGUUUCACCUCUGGAAACUGGUAGCCACCCAGCAGCAUCAUGGGGAUGUGAUCCCUCUGUGGCAGAGGUGGGACGAGGACUGUGAUACUCAGAUGAAGCCAGCGUCCUGAACCUGAAUGAUUUCUGGGGUACUUUUUGGAAAAGUAAUGGCUGAAUUAACCUCCUGUUUGCUGUAAAAGUGGGUUUGAAUAUUUGGGAGCGACCAGGAGCAACAGUGGAGGGUUGCUAAAUUAAACUGUUGUGUUGCUGUGCUGGGUGGCAGUUGAUACAAUGCCUGUGAAUGUAUCUGUGUGGUUAUGAAGAAAAAAAACACCAAAAUGAGCUCUAGACUGCCUGCUUGCAA